AUGAAGAGCUCGAUUUUAUGUUUAUGUGCGCUAGUGGUUUUGGCUUCAUGUGCAGCACAACAGUAUCAACAGUUUGUCAAUAAAUAUGACAAUUUCAAUACAGAUUCCAUCAUACAAAAUGAGAGAAUUCUACUCGCUUACUACAAGUGUGUCAUGGAAAAAGGACCUUGCACAAAGGACGGCAAGAACUUUAAACGUGUUUUACCAGAAACCAUAACAACGGCUUGUGGAAGAUGCUCUCCGAAACAGAAGGGAGUAGUUCGCAAACUGCUUCUCGGUAUAAGAUCAAAAAGCGAAUAUCGCUUCUUAGAACUUUUAGACAAGUAUGAUCCAACACAGGCAAAUAGAGAAGCACUCUACACCUUCUUAGCUACUGGUGUU